AUGUCUCUCGCCUCACCCCAGCUUCUGCCCAUCACCACCAAACCACCCUCUUUUCCUCUAAACCUCCAACACGAUACAAACCUCACCAGCUUCCCUCCCGCAAUGGCCGCUUCCGCUUCCUCCCCCGCCAACCUCCGCUCCCUCUACCGCUCCCUCCUCCGCGAGCUUCCGCCCCGCCCCAUCCUCUCCUCUCCGCGAACUCCUCUCCACCGCCGCAUCCGCUCCUCCUUCGUCGACUCUCCCUCAACUUCAACUUCUGCCUCCUCCUCCUCCUCACACGCCCUAGAACACCAGGCCCAGCUCGCCCAGCAGCUCAUCGCCUACCUCCGCGCCCAGCGCAUGUACGUCACCCUCAUCGAGCGCUACAACCCGGGCAUGGAGAUGGACCAGGACGAGCGCAUCCGCUUAACCGCCCGGAGAGUCGGCAUGGAUCUUCCCUCGGUGCAGAAGAAGAAGAAGACGACGCAGUGA